AUGGCCCUCUCCGGGAAGAAGACCGUCUACAAAAGCGUCCUCCUGUCGUUUGUGCUGGUCAUCACGGUGACGGUGCUGCAAAGAGGGAUGACCCCGAACCAGUUCCUCCAAAACCAGCGCAAAGAUCUCCUUUCCCAAGAACCCGUGAAAGCUCAGAAGAGGGAUGACGUCCUCUCGGUGGCCAACAACUUCUGGAAGAAGGACUCGGAGCCCGUCACCAAGAUGGCCGCGACGACGGAGAAGCAGGUGAAGUCUUGGGACGUCACCACCAACUGCACGGUCAACCUCAAUUUCAGCAAAGACGACUGGUUCAAAGGCCUGGAGCCAAACUUCAAGCAGUUUCUCCUCUACCGCCACUGCCGGUACUUCCCCAUGAUCAUCAAUCACCCGGAGAAAUGCAGCGGCAACAUCCACUUGUUGAUCGUGGUGAAGUCCAUCAUCACUCAGCACGAUCGCCGGGAGGCCAUCCGGAAGACGUGGGGCCAAGAGAAGGAGGUCGACGGCAAGAAGAUCCGCACGCUCUUCCUCCUGGGCGUCGCUUCCAAGGAAGAGGAGCGGGCGAACUAUCAGAAACUCCUGGAGUACGAGAACCACAUCUACGGCGACAUUUUGCAGUGGGAUUUCCUGGACAGCUUUUUCAACCUGACCCUGAAGGAAGUGAAUUUCCUAAAGUGGCUCAACAUCUACUGCGACAACGUCCGGUUCGUAUUCAAGGGGGACGACGACGUGUUCGUCAGCCCGGACAACAUCUUGGACUACCUGGAAGACCAAAAGGCGGGCGAUCUUUUCACGGGCGACGUCCUCUACAAGGCCAAGCCGAUCCGCAAGAAGGAGAACAAGUACUACAUCCCCACUGCUUUGUACAGCAAGACGCAUUACCCGCCCUACGCGGGCGGGGGCGGCUUCCUCAUGGACAGCUCGCUGGCCCGGAAACUCUACAAGGUCUCGGAGAACCUGGAGCUGUACCCCAUCGACGACGUCUUCCUGGGCAUGUGCUUGGAGAUCCUCAAGGUGACGCCCGUGGCCCACGCCGGCUUCAAAACGUUCGGCAUCGUGAAAAACAAGAACAGCAAGAUGAACAAGGAGCCCUGCUUCUUCCAGAACAUGUUGGUCGUUCAUAAACUCCUGCCCCCCGAGCUCCUCCGAAUGUGGGAUUUGGUUCAUAGUAACUUGACCUGCUCCAGGAAACUCUACAUUCUUUAGCUCUUCUGAUCUGUGAAGGACCCCCGGGUCUCUGGGGAAGAGACUGGAGGAUAACAAUUGUGUGUCGGCUCCCAGAAUCCUCUGUUCCAGCAAUGUGAAGAGGCGGGGUUGCGGUCUUGGGGUGGCCUGCGAGAGAUGGGGUGAGAGAAAGGGAGUUUUUGUGUUGCGUUCGGCUUCUCUGGGAACGGAGGGGUGGCGGAGGGCGCCGAGCCGCCUCGACAAGGAGCAACUGCUGAUGGGCGAAAGGAGGACAGAGAUGGAGCCGGACUCUCUUGGGAAACGCUGAAGACGUUUGCAUCCCUGUUUCUUGGGGUGCAAGAAUUUCCACAGUAGUGAGCCGGGGCAGGGUUAGCCCCUCUUUUCUCUGGCUCCUUCCGCACACGCAGAAUAAUGCGCUUUCAAACUGCUUUCAGUGCUCUUUGAAGCUGCGCGGAACGGCAUAAUCCACUUGCAAAACAGUUGUGAAAGUGGUUUGAAAACGCAUUGUUUUGCGCGUGCGGAAGGGGCCUCUGUUUGUAGCUUUUCGUACUCAGGGCUGGCCCCAAAGUGAACCCCCCUUUGUGUGUGUGCGCGUGUGUGUGUGUGUGUGUCUGUAGGCAGUCUUGAAUGGGAUGGUUUGGGGCUUGGUGCCUGAAGUACAGACUCUUUGCAUCGUUUUCUUCCUCGCCUUCCCCACCCGCUGAUUGCCGGAAGGUGCAGGGAGAAAUGCCAGAGGAAGGAUCCCAACAUUAUUUUGCUUGUGUGACCCGGGAGGCCGAUACACACUUGAGCCCUCCCCACAGGGCUGUGCCCUCGGUUUUGUGUCGUGCACAGCGUCAGGAAAGACACAGCUCUUUGUCCGGUGGGCAGUGCCACGAGGCACCUCGGCCGCGCGCAAACGGAGGGCCGGUUUGUGCAAUUUGUUAUUGACGUGAAAAUCCUGGUACUUGCUUUCUCCCUUAGCGAUGGACCUGAUGUCAACGUCGAACUAACUUUUGGGGGACGGGGACGGUCCUUUCUCUCCGACUCUCUCUACACCCCCACCUCUAUUUCAUUACUCAGGGCAUGUACAUAUGUCAACAGGAAGAGUUAGCUGAGAUUUCUCACCUCCUGGACUGAUUUCCCCUUGCAAAUGUUUUUGUAAAUCUGGCCGGGGAUGGCUGGUGCCUCUGGAUCAGGUUUUGCAAGUCCAAUCUAAUAUCUAUGGUCAGUGGUGGGAUCCAAAAAUUUUAGUAACAGGUUCCCAUGGUGGUGGGAUUCAAACUGUGGCA